AUGCCACAACGACCUAAUUCGUAUCAAGUCGUAUUCGAUCUUUCGGAGGAUGAAGAGGAGGAAAAUACAUUUUCAAAGGCUAAAAAGAUCAUUUCAUCACCACCUAGCCUCGAUCCAGAAAUAAAUAGUAAGAAGAGAAAAAAUUCUGUGGUUUCUUCCAAUGACGAGGAAUCACCAUCAUCAGGUUCGGAAAAACAAACAAAUUUUAAGAAGGUAAAGCAGGAUAAUAGAUCGACUAUACAUAAGAGUAUUGAUAGUUUUCGGAAGAUGAAAGAGGCUGGACAUUCUGCUUCGAAGGUUAGUCAUAUCUCUGUGAUAUCGGAUAGUAGUGAUGAGGAGAAAAGUCCUCCUUCAAAUAAUUCUGCCAUAUUAAUAUCAUCUGAUGAGGAAGACGAUGAUGUUGAUUCUUCUGUACAACAUAUUCUUAAUUAUAGAGGCCACCAUGCAUCGAGUAGAAUAAUAACGUCACGACAGGAUACAGAUUCUGACUCUGAAGAGGAUAGAGUAGUUUCUCCUGAAAAAGUUUCGAGAAUUUUAAGGAAAACUCGAGAGAAGAAACUUUCGGAAAGAGAAUUGGAAGACUUUAUUGUUCAUGAGGAUGAGGACGAAGAAGAGGAAGAAAGUGAUAAAGAGGGAGAGGAAGAAUAUGAAGAAAAGCGAGCCCAAAAAACUACAAACAUGGCUGAGCUUAUAGAUGUUGGAAAUGGUUGGAAAAAGGACGCAGACGACGACUAUUACUUGGAUGGAGGUCUCAUUCUAGACAGAGAUGUUUACACGAAACUAUAUUCAUUCCAAAAAGAAGGAAUCAAGUGGCUCAAUACAAGAUUCAAUGCCGACAAGUACAGAGGUGGAAUAUUAGCAGAUGAAAUGGGAUUGGGCAAAACUGUUCAAGUUUCAGCCUUUCUAGGAGGUUUGGCUCAAAGCAAAACAAGACGUUAUUUAAUUAUUGCUCCAUUAUCAGUGCUUCAAACUUGGGCUAGCGAGCUAGAUAAAUGGGCACCAAAUAUCAAAACCUUUGUAUUCCAUAAUUUAUCAUCCAAAGAACAGUACAACAGUAUGGCAAGAGAUUUUCAUGGAUGUGCUAAACAACAAAAGUCAGCUGCCAUAAUUACCACAUUCAGAACUCUGGUCACAUAUACGGUUACUCUUGCUUCACUAUGUGCAAAGCAAGAAUUUGAUAUCACAAUUGUUGACGAAGCGCAUCAAAUCAAAAAUGACCAAACUGGAAUUUCUAAAAAUUUGAGAAAGAUUGGUUCUAGAGCCAAGUUUUGUCUAACUGGAACUCCUAUUAUGAAUAAGCUUAUGGAAAUGUGGUCUAUUUAUGAUUAUGUUUUUUAUGGAGACAAUAUUUUAGGAGACAAGAAAGAAUUUAAAACAAAUUUUGAGAGGUCAAUUGUAAAAUCUCGUAAAAGGGAUGCCUCAAAUACUGAAAAGGUACUAGGAAACAAACUCUCCCAACAAAUGAGAUCUUUAAUUCAGCCAUACAUCUUGAGAAGACACAAAAAUCAGGUUUUAGAAAGUGAUCACAAUGUAGGAUUAGGAACAAUUCUUAAAAAGCAGAGCACUGGUAAAGCUAAAAUAUCCCAAAAGAAUGAACUUGUAUUGUGGUGUUACCUCAGCAAGACACAGGACCGUGUUUAUACCCAAUAUCUCAAAUCCGAAAUUGUUAAACAAAUUUUAGGAAAGAAAUCAAACAGAUCAUGUAUCUUCUCUGCUCUAAGUACAUUGAAAAUGUUGUGCAAUCAUCCAAGACUUAAUAAUGGGUCAGCACAAAUUUUAAAUAAGGAUGUUAAUGAAGAUGAAGCCUUUGAGAAUUUUAUAUCAGAAGGAGAUGACAAAGAUUAUUUAGAUACAUCUGGAAUGACCUGCAAGGAAUUAAUUGAAGAAAGCUCAAAGCUUCAAAUAAUUGUUAAACUAUUGAAGGAACACAAGAAGACAGGGCACAGAACCUUGAUAUUCUCCCAAUACAAAACAAUGUUGGACAUUGUAGAGAGAAUAAUUACAGAACACUUAAAGUUGAAAACCUUGAGAAUUGAUGGAGGUGUAGCAGCAAAAGAAAGACAAGCCAGAGUAGACUUGUUUCAAAAAAACAAUAUGUAUUCUUGCUUUUUGCUGACAACUGGUAGUGGAGGUGUUGGUUUGACUUUGACUGCAGCUGAUAGAGUCAUAUUGAUAGAUCCACAUUGGAAUCCUGCUGUAGAUCAACAAGCUGUAGAUAGAGCUUAUAGAGUUGGCCAAACCAAAAACGUUGUUACAUACAGACUUAUUACAGUAGGAACCUUGGAAGAAGUAGUUUAUAGAAGACAAGUUAUCAAAGACGGGUUAAUUAAGAAUACACUCACAAAAGAGAAUCAGUACAGAUACUUCACUUCAGAUCAGGAAUUAUUGGAAGUUUUGACUUUAAGAGACAAGCAAUCAUCUGAGACUAAGAAAUUAUUGGCUGAGUUGCAUCCAAAAGGUGAAAUUUAUGAGGAACUAGGAAACCAUGUAAAACAAUUGGAAGCUUAUUCGGAAAUUGAUGGAAUCACUUGGCACGAUAUGUUGUACAAUAUUGAAAGUGACGACAUUAAUGAAACAUUCAAUUAUGAAGAGGAUGCUUUCAUUCAACAAAAUCACACUAUUACCAAUUAUGUGAAGAGACACGAGCAGAAACUACAAGACCAGCAACAACAAGUUGUGGAUUUGAGUUCACCUGCCAGGAAUCCCAAGUUAAAGAAAAGACAUGCACCUUCCUCUUCAGCUUCAGCUCAACCAAUUUUCCCAAUACCACCCCAUUUAUUGGGAGUUCCUGAGGCUUACAUUAUAAAUCACCCUCAACAACAGGUAUUCCACAAUCAUCAACAACCUAAUAAUGUACAAAUGCCUCAUCCACAACACAAUCAACCCUUACCUUAUCACUCACAACACAAUCAAAUUCCACACCCACAUCCACAUCAACAACCUGGCUUUUCUUUCCAACCUAAUCAUACCUUUUUACAACAGCAUGAAAAUAUUUCUCCAAAUGGUCAUUACCAUCCUCAACCUCAACACUACCACAGACAACCAUUCCCUCCACAGGUAGCUCACCAUCGUAGCAGUAAUGGAGCAUCAUCAUCGAUCGACAUCACAGACGAUACAGUUGUUUCGAACAAUAGACCUAAACGACCUCAAUAUAAACCACCUCCAUCGAACACUCAAGAAGAUCCAGAGAUUAUAGAUGAUGACGAUGAUGAACCUGUAGAAGAACAACCACCAUCCCUACCACUGAUAUCCCAUAAUCUCAAACAGGAGGUCAUUAAUAACAAUCUAGCUGCAGACCCUGAAGAUGAUGUACCAACUGAUGAAGAAGACGAAACCAAUCACCAGACAAACAAUGAACCACAACCAUCUGAUUCCCAACACAAAGAAGCAGAAGAUAGUACUGGCAUUGAAAUGACCGAAGAAGAAUGGUAA